GGGUUUUUUUCAUUACCAACUGUAUCAAAUGUCAUUUAAAUCAGCUGAUUGAAAUGGUUUUUGUGUGGUUAUAAAAGCCAAAAAGUGGGUUUUUUGUUUAUAUUUAUAUCAUUUCAAAUGGUGCAAUGAAAUUUCUGACUUAUUUAAUUACCGGAGAUGGAUAAAUACACCGUGGAUUUAGAUCAGGUUUUAAACGAUUUCGAAUAUAGCGAAUUAACCGAUCAACAUAGUUCAAAUCACAAGCAAAAUUUCAACAAUUUCAAAAAUUCCAAUGUCAAACAUUCAAUUAAUAACGUUUUUCACAGUUUAAACGAGUAUUUAAAUACUGAUAUUUCGCCCAAAUGUGAAAUUAAACCGAUUUUGCCUGAAACUGGCGAAAAUUCCAGCCCUGAAAUCACCGACAAUAAUAUAACCGAAGAAAAAGUCACUAGUGAAAGUGACCAAAAUCAAGAAGAAAACACUGAAAUUAAUCACUUAGUUGAGGAAGAAAACACUGAAAUAAUCUCAAUUGAGGAAAAAAACGAAGAAACAGUAAGUGAACAAGAAGGAUCUGAUGAAACAAUUGAAAAUGACAUUUGUGAUGAGUCACGUGAUUCACCUAUAAUUGAAGAAAAUCAAGUCAGUGUAGUUGAAACAAACGUGUCAAUUAAUCAAAAGACUGAUGAAAAACCAAGUAGUGACCUUGAAAGUGUUAAAUGUGAAGAAAAGAGUGUAAUUAAAGUUGGCUUUGAUGAAGAUAUCAAUUUAGAUGAGUCCGAAUUGAACCGUUAUUUGGACGAAUUAGAGAAAGAAUAUGAAGAAACACCAAAAACUGAAGAAGAAGAAGAACCGUCAAGUGUGAGGCCUAAUAAUCUCCCAUUGUCCAAUCAAGAGGACGAGAAACCUGUCAUAGACCUCGUAGGUGAACCGGGUUCAACGCCCUAUAAUAACGUUUAUGUCAAUAAGGAGUUGCCUCAGGAGAAGCAAAAUAGCGAUACUGAGUGUUCCACUUCCGCUUCCCCUACAUUCUCUGACAUUUCCACUGAGACUAAUUCAUCGUGUACGCCAUCUACCGACACAGUGGAGGAACCAAUACGUGAAGCCGCCCCCCCAAACGAGGCCACAGAUGACCCCCAAUUGGGUAAACAAGCCCCUGUGUGGAUCCCCGAUUCGGAAGCAACCAAUUGCCAACAUUGCGACACAAAAUUUACUGUAAUUAAACGUCGACAUCAUUGUCGUGCUUGCGGUCAAGUUUUAUGUUCGAAAUGUUGUAAUCUAAAAUACCGACUUGAGUAUCUCGACGAUAUUGCACGAGUUUGUACGAAAUGUCACGAAGUAUUAGAAAAGAGCAGUGUGACCAAUAGUUCAGAUAGCGAAUCGAAUUCCCCUAGAUCACAACCGAAUCCGAAUAAUCCACUUGAGUAUUGCUCGACGGUGCCCCCACAUCAACAAGUAGCAGGAAAUGUGGCCCCACCGGCUGUUAUGGUACCUGUGGGGGUGCUUAAGAGGAAAGGGUCAAGUAAAAGGAGUAAUAAAAGUGUUAUGUUUUGUGAUGGAAUCAGACCUGGGAGUGAUUUGACUAAUUUAGAUAAUGAUUUUAAUUACAGUAGGGUGAAGGGUGGGGAUGAGAAGAAUUUUCCAGUUGUUGAUCCGGAAACUAACAGUUUUAUACCCAAAGGGGAUGAUUUACCCCCAACUGUCACUAUAAAUAAAUCAGAUUUAUCGUAUUUGGAGUGCAGUAAUGGCCCAAACGUGGUGGAAAUGUUGAAAAAUGAAACUUUGAUUUUUUCCCUUCAAACUAAUCUCUUAGUUCACGUCAAAAUAAUUAAUAUGGAUUGUUGUAUAAACAAGACAGCGUGGUGUUUCUCAACUGAAGGCUUAAUAAAUGUCGGUCAGGACGAAGUUGUGAUCCUUCUCGAAUUACUCGACGAUGAAAAAACUGUCCCUAAAGAUGUUUUCUUUCAUUUGAAUAAUAUUUAUUUGGAUGCGGUUAAAGGCACAUCUGUAAAAGAAAUGGGAUUGUCAUUACACACCACAACGAAUUUUUUGGGUUCGAAAAAUCACGCCGGUUUCGUGUAUAUAAGACCAACAUUUCAAUGUUUAUGCAACGUAAUAAAGCCUCAAAAACCGUUUUUAAUCGGACUUUUGAUACAUAGAUGGGAGACUCCAUGGGCGAAAUUGUUCCCUUUGCGACUUGUUUUGAGACUGGGGGCUGAAUAUCGCUAUUAUCCCAGUCCGAUUAUCUCGAAUCGGUAUCGAGAUAGCGUGUUUGUUGAAAUUGGACACACGAUUAUUAAUUUACUUGCUGAUUUUCGCAACUUUUCGUACACUUUACCCCAAAUUCGGGGCCUUACCAUCCACAUGGAGGACAAAAACACCACUGUGACAAUCCCCUCGAACCGCUACGAUCAAGUGAUGAAAUCGAUGAACAAUUCCAGUGACCACAUUUUGGCAUUUGCUGGAAAUUUUAGUCUUUUAGCCGAUUCGCAUUUAGUCUGCAUUCAAGACACGCAAAGUAAUGAAAAUACUUACAGUACACAUGCGAUUAAUAUUCACAAUAAACCACGAAAAGUAACUGGGGCAAGUUUUAUUGUUUUUAACGGUGCUCUUAAAUCGUCGAGUGGUUUAACUGCAAAGUCUUCGAUUGUCGAAGAUGGUUUAAUGAUUCAAAUCCCCUCGGAUCAUAUGACUCAAAUUCGGGAAAGUUUACGCAAUAUGAAAAAUCACACUGUACAAUGUGGUUGUAUUAAUGCUGUGUCCGAUGAAACGGUUAAUAUUGUAUGGGGGGAGCCUGAUACGAAUUUCAACGUCGGGGUUUCUUCACCAAUUGAUAAUAAAUCGAUGGAGGGGAUUCCCUCGAUUCGAGUCCAUAACGGGAAGGAUUAUGUCAAUGGUAAUCGAUUUAUUCGUUGGACUGAGGUUUUUAUUGUACAGAAUGAGAGUGAAGCUAGCCGUAAUCAGGACCCAAUUGACAUUUCCAAAGUAUCAGAGACAAUCGCAAAAGCGACUUGUACAGCCCUUGUCAAGUAUUUAGACUUAUUGAUAAGUAAUAAUUUUCACAAAAUUGGGAUUAGGGCUAAUCUUAAUGCACUUUUUGUGGCGUACUGUGCUGGGAGCAAUGGUGUAAAGUUGCCACCGAUUUACAUGGAAAGUUUGGAUAAUGAAUUGGUUCCUGUGCUCCACAAACAUGCGACUAGUGAUUGUGACGAAAACACAAUAAUUCUGGAAUUAAUAUUCCGUAUUUUAAAUAAAUAGUAUUGGUGUAAUUGUUAAAUUAUAAAAAUUUUAUUUGUUAUUUUUAAUUAAUAUAAUAACUAACCAAGUUGUAA